AUGGCUGUUCAAGCUCAAUACCCUUCCAAUGUACUCUUUCUCAAUACCAAAAACAACCAAGAUGCUGAAUAUGACUUUUCAUUACAACAACAACAACAACAACAACAACAACCUGAUCAUCAAUCUAAUAUGAUCUUGUUCAACACUCCAGGUGCUAACUCUCGAAAAAGAGGAAGAGAAUCAUCUCAUAAUAUCAUGAAUCCGUUCUCUUUACAAUCUCAUUCUCCUCGUCUCAUAGACAUCACUCAACUCCACAAUCAACCACAACAACAACAAAUUGUUUCUACCGGUUUGGGUUUAUCCUUCGGCGAUCAACAACAACAACAACAACAAAGACUACAAUUGCAGCAACAGCAGCAGCAUCCACAGCAACAUGGAUAUCAUACAUCUCAUUUCUUAUCUCUAUUGUCUCAUGGCUUAGCCUCACAAAUCAAACAACAAAAAGAUGAAAUAGACCAAUUUAUUCAAGCCCAGGGAGAAGAGUUACAACGGACAUUAGAGGAAAAAAGACAGAGAAACUACCGGGCAAUAAUAAAAACAGCAGAAGAAACGGUGGCGCGUAGAUUAAGAGAAAAAGAAAUCGAAAUAGAAAAGGCCACGCGCAGGAACAUAGAGCUAGAAUCACGCGCGGCGCAGCUUAGAGCCGAAUCUCAAAUUUGGCAAGCCAAAGCGAAAGCGCAGGAAGCAACGGCUAUAUCUCUCCAAACGCAGCUCCAUCAGGCUAUGAUGAGCACCGGCGCAGAAAACAGAGGUGAAGAAGGUUGCGCGCUAUCGUGCGCGCUAGGUGUUGAAGGACACGCGGAAGAUGCGGAAUCGGGUUAUAUUGACCCGGAAAGGGCUGUGUCGGGUCCAAAAUGUAGAGGAUGUGGAAAACGGGUUGCGUCGGUAGUUGUGCUGCCGUGUCGUCAUUUAUGUGUUUGCACCGAAUGCGACGCGCGUUUCCGUGUUUGUCCCGUUUGUCUCACCGUUAAAAAUUCAACGGUUGAGAUUUAUCUAUCUUAG